AUGUCUAAUGAAAAACUCUCCAGAAUUGAUUCAAUCGAUGAUUCAGACAAAGUUCGUCAAACAAUACAUGACACAGUUCAGAGUGAAAGUCGACGGACAUCAUUCGCAGCCACCGCCACCAACACGCAUUCUAGAAGACAGAGUCGCUAUAGUUUUGCUUCACGGAAAUCGAUAUUCGGUGGACAUGGUUCAUUGUCUGGGAUGUUACGUGGUGCCGGGGGGAAUAAGGCAAUCAAAUAUGAGAAUACGUAUCAUUUGAAGCCGAAACCAAGUGAAAAGGUGAAGCAAAAGCCGUUAGAAAAUUUAAUUCGUACCACACUGAAUAGCACACUGAAGGAUGUUGUUUACGAACCACAACAAGCUCAUGUUCUUUCCAUGAAUCUAGCCAAUAUGAUAAGAAAGACUGUACGUGAGUUGAAUACACCUUCGAGAUAUAAAUUUAUUGUACAAGUCCACAUUGGAUCACCAGAACAUGCCAGUGUAUUUAUUACCAGCCAGGCUGUAUGGAAUGUAGAAAUGGGAGAUACGUACGCCUCGGCUACCUUCUCUAAUUCAAAAGUAUUCGCUGUUGGUAUUAUACACGCUGUAUAUUUUGAAUAAUUAAAUAAGAAUAAUAAUAAUAAUAAAAUAUAAUGCUGAUUAGUGACUGUCGAACAAUUGAUGGAGAUGGAUUGAUUGCCUUAUUACGUAAUAUGUUAUGCUUAUUUCAAGGAUAUAUAUAUAAUAGAUGUUAUUA